CACCAACAGCAGUGCAUCUGACCAGAUCGCAUUACCGGCACAAGGCACAUUGUACGGCAACGAAAUCACAUAUUAUCAUUAUAGUUUUCAUUUGAUUCAUUACAGUAAUUCGUUGUUACCGGCCAUUAGUUUUGAACGGUUUUCUGUUUGUUUUUCGUUAUUUACCAAUUAGCUAAUGUGUUCGAUGCAAGGAGAAUACUUCGUAUUAAAUGAUAAACGGUUUCUAAUUUAAUUUGAAUUUUCAAAAUCAAGUGCUUUUCAUACUUUGCUGAAUAUCAGGUAUUAUAGUAGAAAAAAUUAUUUUCAAAAUAAAAUACUUGAAGAAUCGGGUAAAAUGGAAGAGUGGCUGAAAAUAACAUUGUGUGUAAGUUUGUUUGCAACUUUUCGGGACUUUCGACCAGUGGAUUCAUUUUAUACAUCAUAUUUAACCAGUCCAGCUGUAAAUUUUACUGCUGAACAAGUGACUGAAGAUAUUUAUCCAAUAAAUUCGUAUGCAACUACAAGUUUAGUAAUUAUUAUGUUUAUUGUCACAGACUAUGUGCUUUACAAACCAAUUGUAAUGCUGGACGCGUUUAGUUCAAUUGUGAUGUUUUUGUUAGUUUUGGAUCCUGUAACACUCUUAAAAUCAAAAUUGAGUAUGGUAUGUUUGGGUUUAACAUCAGCAUCCGAAUUAGCAUAUAUGUCUUACGCAUAUGCAAAGAUCCGUGACCGCAAACUAUAUCAAAAGAUGACAGGAAUCGUUAGAGGUUCAAAUCUCUUGGGUAAAUGUUUAUCGUCCACAUUUGCUCAAAUCGCAGUUUCAUUUUUAAACAUUGAGUAUGGAUUACUUGUGUAUAUUUCAUUAGCAGGUUCAUGUGUAGCAUUUGUUGUUGCAAUUUUUUUUCCACCAGUAUACUCAAGUAUUUAUUUUCAUCCCGAAGGUCCAAAAACUGCAACAUCAAAAGUCAUCUACAAUACAUUCCAUAAUCAAUAUCAGAAAGACCUUGGACCAUGUUUCGUUGAAAAAUCUCCAAAACCUGUUCGAGUAGUAUUGGAUCAGCUGUAUGCCGAAUUAAGAGAUGCGUACACUAAUCCAUAUUUAUUCAAGUACGGCAUAUGGUUUGCCUUCGCCACCGGAAUCUAUUUCCAGGUGUUGACAUACAAUGACGUUCUUUACUUGGGCUUAAACAAACGCGAUCCAGUUAACAAUAAGCUGUACAACGGUGGAAUCGAUGCUUUGGCUUUUAUAACUGGAGCAUUGUCUUCAUACUGCAUAGGAUUUUUGAAAGUUGAUUGGAAAUCCACAAGUAAUUUAUUCCUUUUUGUCGGUUCGCUUUUGUGUUGCAUAACGCUAUGUGUCUGUUACGUGACAACAUCAUUAAAUUUGGUGUACACAAUGUACAUUAUAUACUGUUUUGUAUUUCAAUCAAUGAAUGUUGUGGCUAGAUCCGAAACAGCCAAACAUUUAAAGCAUGACAGUUUUGCUUUUAUUUUUGGUGUCAUAUUUUUUAUUUCAUUAGUUGUGUCGAGUAUCAUUACAUAUUUGUUUGUACAAGGUACUAUUAUUUCAGUUUCAGUAAACGUACAGUUUCUGUUGUAUGGGUUGAUUAACGGUGGACUUGCUUUUUGGUUCUUUUUUCAAAUGUGUAUUGAAAAAUGUGUAACAAAAUAAUUAUACAAUAUUAGUUAUUUUUAAUAUU